AUGAAUCACUAUCCUCAGGCCUGGGGUCGACCCCGAGAUGAUGUCUACGGCCCGUACGAUGCUUCAUACCUCCAGACCUCGAUGCCUCAAACGCAUACGCAAUCACCCGCGGUGACAGGAACGUCGGUACUAGGAGUCAAGUUUAAGGACGGUGUUGUAGUGGCAGCAGACAAUCUAGCCUCCUAUGGCUCCCUGGCGCGGUUCACCGAUGUCAAGCGGCUACGGACAUUCCCUCCCAAUACGGUGGUUGGCUUUGGUGGCGACGUCUCCGACAUGCAAUAUCUUGACCGGCUAUUGCAGUCGCUGGAUAUUCGAGAAAACUACCUCUCCGCCACCGGGCACACGCUGAACGCACGAAAUCUUCACAUCUACCUCUCCAAGGUCAUGUACAAGAGGAGGAGCGAGUUUAACCCGUUAUGGAACAUGAUGCUUAUCGCGGGCCUGGAUGAAGAUGAGAAGCCGUUCUUGGCCAGUGCGGAUCUGCUGGGGACAACCUUCUCCGCUCCAACACUGGCGACUGGAUUUGGCGCACAUCUGGCAUUGCCUUUGCUGCGGAAAUUAAUGCCUCAUGAUGAAGAGAGUGUCAAGGACGUGACAAAGGAAAUGGCCAUCGACGCUGUCAAGCAGUGCAUGAAAGUCCUCUUCUACCGUGACGCCAGGAGCUUGGACAAGUACAGCAUUGCAGUAGUGACCAAGGAGGGCGUCGAGCUCAAGGAAGACGAGAAGCUGGAAAAUCAAAGUUGGGCAUUCGCUGAUCAGAUCCGGGGAUACGGCACCCAAGUCAAUUAG